AUGAAUAUACAAUCAAAUGCUUUUCACUACGAAUAGACUGUGCGAAAAAAGCAAACAAAGUAACAAAACUUAAACGAUAACAGCACUCCUUCAGUACAAUCAGAGCAGUCCUUUGACGAAAAUCCUGAAGAAGAAAUUUUGAACAAUGUGCCUGUAGUGCGUGACUUGUUGAUUGGGUGCAAGCCGGACUCAAAUAAUAUCAUAACUGAUAAAGAGCUUCAUUAUUUAUUGCAAAAACUAGGAAUAUCAUAAUAAAAGAGUGAAUCUGACUUAUUAUAUCAAAGAAUUCCUAAAAACUCAUUAGGUUUAGUAGAUUUUCUCAAUUUUGGGCUUUUUGUCUGUUAAGAUAUAAAGCAAUUAAAUUUAAAAUUACUUCCACUAUGUGAAAUAACUUUUCGACUAGGCUUGGAAAUAUUUAGAGUCUUAACUGAGGAAAACACUUCAUUCACUUUGAAGCAUUUAAUGAAAUAUUCUAAAAAGCACAAAGACUUGGACAUUGAUUUUAAACCCUAUGAAGUUAGCGAAAAUAAAGAUGGAAUGAAACAAAUCCACACUUAUCAAGAAAAUACCAUAGAAAAUGAAUUAAAUGAAUACCUAUUGCAAAAUAAACCUAAAAGCAAAGGCUGGCUCUACCGCCUCAGUAAAAAAAAAGUUGGCAAAUGGUCAAACUUGUUCUUCUUUAUCAAUCCUACUACUAACACACUUUUUUCUGUGAAGCCUACUGAUUUAAAAAGAAGCAUCAAUCUCGAGCACAUAGAGCUUUAUAAAUGUUCAUUUAUUGAGAUUUUGGAAACUGGAUAAUAAAAUUCUACAAGAGAUUCAAAGGUGAAGAAGAAAUUAGAGACAAAACAGACACUUAAAACAUAAGAAAACAUUAUUAAUGAUAAUAGUGAACAGGAAAAGAAAACAUUUUUCGUAGUUGACACGAAAGAAAAGAAGACUUAUUUAAUUCGAUCAGAAGAAAGCAUGGAAGUUAUUUCUGUCAUUACAAUACUCAACAACAAAAAGAACAAUCUAGAUGUUCUAAAGUAGAAUGAUAUUUAUAAAUACAUUGAAAAUGUGGACUUAGAAUACACUGGUAUAAUUGAUGUUGCUAUUUGCAAGCGCAAUUGUAUCAAUGUUUUCCACUCUAAUUUAAAAAAUUACACUUUCAAAAGAUAGUAUCUGAGCAUUAGAUAAGGAAAAUUUAUGAUUUAUAAUGUAAAAACGAAGGACACACUAGAUUUGCAAUAAUACAACUUAAUAGUUGAUUAGAAUCUGCCUUAUGCGUAAUCUAAUCCUUAUUCUUUUGCCUUAGAAAAAAUAUAAGAUCAUGAAACCAUUUCAUAGUAAGCAGAGAAAACCUAAAAACUGGGUUAACUCGCUAAAAUUGAAGAGAAACAUGGUAACUAUACAAUAGAAAAUUAAAUUGAUAAAGAAGAAGGCAGCAUAGUAGCCUUCAAUACACAACAAGCAGAAAUAAACAUUGAAUAUGAAAAAAAAAUUGGCACAACAUAAACCAAUAACAUUUAAAACAAUAAUAAUAACAAGCAGGUUUCUGCUGAUACUUAAAAUAAAAAAAGUGAAGGUUUCUUCUCAAAAAUAUUUAAACGAAUAACUGAGAAAAAACCCGAUCGUUUAGUACUUGCCUCCGAUUCAGAGUACAAACGUAAAUAGUGGAUUUUCACUAUUAAUUUCUAUAAAUCAAUAAUUUUGAAAAUAUAAAAUGGUGAAAAAAUAAGAUUUUAAACAGAAGAAAAUGUAAAUAAACACUCAAUUCUUAGUUAAUAAGCAGCUUUAUAUAAAUACUAAUAAACUAAAUAAAAAAAUAAUUUUGACGACUUCGGUUUAGGCAAAGGCUUGAAUGACAUAGAUGAUUAAGACGACUAUUAUAAUGUGUUUAAUCAUCAGAAUGACAGAAAAGAAGAAGAAAAAGAAAUUGAUUUAGGCUAAAAGAAAGAAGAACCUAAAUAACCAUUAAAGACUUAAUAAAAACCAACCGAAGAUAUAUAAGACAAAAAGAAAAAUGUAAAUAUAAUUAAUACUGAAGGAUCUUAAAAAAUUAACAAUAACAUUCUAAUAAACAAUAAAAAAACUUUUAAUAUAUAACCAAACACUACAAAGAAUUCUCAACCUCAACCCUAUACUAUAACAGAACCCAAUGAAAAAGUUACUAAUAGGCUUGAUUCAGAAGAAGCACUCCUUACACUUACAUUCCCUAACUUUUUAGCAGAAAAUUUGCAUUUGCUAAAGCAGGCGCAAAUAAUGAAGAAAGAAAAUUUUACAAUAAAUUCAAAAGAAAUAAGGACAUUUACUGAAAAAGAAAUUUGUGAAAAGUUUAUCAGGCAUUUCUUCAGCUUUAAUCACAAACACUUUGAGAUCAAAAUGAAGCAGCAUGGACUUGAAAAAUUCAAUGAUCUAAGCUUUGAUUAAGAAGAAGAAAGACAGAUUUAAGAAGGUAAUUAAUAUAGAGAAGAAAAUGCAAGAAAUGAAAAUAAAGAUUUAGCUGAUUCUUCUCUAAAGUUUAUGCCAAAUAAUGUAAAUACCAAAAAUGAAAUGGAUUACUAAAAGCAUGGAAUGAGUGAGCUUAGUAGCAUGAAAAGCGACAGAAACAUUUCAAAGGCAUAUGAUAUAAAUCUUGGUAAUCAAAACACCCUUACCAAUAAUAAUACUAACUAAAUUAAAGUAGUACAAAACAAUAACUAUCUUUAAGUCCAUCAACAACAAAGUAAAUAGAAUUUGUAAAAUAAGAGUGAAAAAAAAUCGAUACAAGAAGUGAGUCUCAUGGAGUACUGUCUUACUGAAUAAGAUGAAGAACCUACUGCAAAAAUUGUAUUUAAUAAAAACCAUAAAUAUAUUGUAAAUAAAAAUUAAACGGCACUUUAAACAAUUUUCCUUUCAUGUUUAUUGUGA